CUUGUGUUGAUCAUAUAGGAAAUUCACUUUCAUAUAGAGAAUUGGUUGGAGAUACUCGUUGGGUUUGCCAAAUAUUGGCCAAGCUUGCAACUUUUCAAUGGUUCUUUUUAUCUUGUAUCCGUGUUUCAAUCAUACCUACUAGUAUCUUAAGAAUGGGUGUGAUAUCGUUCAGAUUUAAUGCCGUAUUGUUAACUCUAAGCUGUAGCAUACCCUUCAAAUUAGGGCUUUGAUUUUCGAUCCGUCUUGCUUCUCCUGUUGUUUACCUUUACACAGUGAUCAUGUUUCUCGUCCCUGUGUGUUGCGCUUCCUGUUUCUCUGUGCCGUCUCCCAGUUCCCGGUUACUUAGUGUGGCCUGGUGCUGUGGUGGUAAAGUUGGGGUGUGCAUCGAAGUGGCUUAAUUCUUCAACAAUUGAUUUGAAGGUUUUCUCUACUGUGGCUCCAGGUUUUGCAUUGAUUGGAAAUGCAGAAUGUAGACAGGAAUCUGUGGCUGCUAGCGAUUGGGGCCUUGUUUUCCGGUUGUAGCUCGGGUGGCGCUGCUGGUUGAUCUUUGUAAAUUAGUCUUUUGAUAAUCAAAAUCCUGGUUUUCUGCAGUGGGUGAAUUUAGUGUCGUCAAGGUCGCGAGGCUUAAACAGGUCUAGCUGCCAGAACCACUGCUAGUGGGGAGCAAUAAUAUACGUACUCAGAGCAACGUAUAGAAGCCAUUACUGGAAAAUACGAGACUUGACACCAGAGACUGUCAUUUUUGUUAGCCAUGUUAGCAUACAACUGACAGAAUUAACGGAGAUUAAUGAAAUGUAACGAACUAUUAUAUAGUGAUAAUGAAUGAAUUAAAUUUAUUUGGGGUCAAUUACAUGGUUGGUCACUGAAAUUACGAAAAGCGUUCAGGUUUUGUCACUAGAAAUAUUUAAUUUCAUUCGUGGUCACUAAAAUUAAUCAAACGAUUCAAGUUUGGUCACUCUCCGUUACCUUUCGUCAACCUCCGUUAACGCCGUCAGUUUUUUUGCUGACGUGGCUAACAGAAGUGCUAGUCACUCACGUCAGCAAAAAAUUGACGGCGUUAACGGAGGUUGACGAAAGGUAACGGAGAGUGACCAAACUUGAAUCGUUUGAUUAAUUUUAGUGACAACGAACGGAAUUAAAUAUUUUUAGUGACCAAACCCGAAUGUUUUUAGUAAUCUUAGUGACCAACUAUGUAAUUAACCUAAUUUAUUUGAGACCAAAUAUGAAAUAUGUAGUAAUUUCAGUGAUUGAAUUUGCAAUUUAUCCCAUGGACAAAGGAUAUUUAAGUCAUUUUGAUGAAUGCUAGGUGACAAAUAAUGAGUUUUAGAAUGACGAAUAGUAAAUCUCCUUUCACUCCUUGCUUAUCCACUCUUUCCUUCACUAACCCAGCCGCCCGCUCCCAACCUAAAGAAAAAUAUAAAGAUCUACUCCGAAGCAGUAAUCUAAUCAAUCUGGAAAGUAAUGGCCGGGUCGAAUCACAACGCAACAAGAAACCCGACCGAGUUCCAGGUGACCAAGGGGAACCCAAGCCUGGUUCCGCCGGCGGAGAGCAGAGAGAAAGGGAGCGUCUACUUCCUCUCAAAUGUCGACGACGUCUUCUGCAUCAUCCGCAUCGUCUACUGCUUCAAGUCCGACCGGCGGAGAGGGAACGAUUGCGCCGCGGAGGUCAUCAGGGACGCCCUAGGCAAGGUCCUGGUCCACUACUACCCGAUGGCCGGCCGUCUGGUCCUCUCGCCGGAGGGAAAGCCCUCCGUGAAUUGCUCCGGCGAAGGGGUGGUUUUCGUCGAGGCGGAGGCCGAUUGUGCGCUGGAAGACGUUGACUUCUCGCGGCCGUUUGAUAGGUUCGCGCGUGAGAAGCUGGUGGUUUAUGAUCUUCCUGGCGUGCCCGACAAAUUCGAGAUCCCUCUCAUAGCUCAGGUGACUAGGUUCAAAUGUGGAGGAUUCGUGGUGGGAAUCUCCUUCAAUCACCUAUUGGGAGACGGACAAGCGAUAGCGGAAUUCGUCAACUCAUGGGGCGAAACCGCAAGAGGACUGCCCCUCUCCGUCCCGCCAUUCCUCGACAGGACAAUUCUCAGAUCCAGAACCCCACCCAAAAUCGAGUUCCGCCACUCCGAGUUCGAACCUCUGCAGCAGCACAAAUCCUCCGCCGCCGCAGCCGAAGAAAUCACGACUCACUGCAGCUACAUCCGACUCACUCCAGAAAUGAUCAAGAGGGCAAAAUCAAACGCAAUCGGGGCCACAUUAACCAACCACUACUCCACCUACGAAGCCAUCUUCGCAUUCGCGUGGAGGGCUCGAAACCGCGCGCUGAAAACGGUGCCGGAUCAGCUGACAAGGCUCCUGUUGGUGGUCAACACGAGGGCCAAAUUCGAGCCGCCGCUGCCGAAAGGGUAUUUUGGGAACGCGCUCAAUUUCGCCGCGGCGCAUAGCCUGGCAGGUGACCUCCUCGAGAAUCCGGUUUCCUACGCCGCCGCGAAGAUUCGGGAGGCAAUUGGGAGGGUGAGCGACCGGCGAUUGAGGUCGGCGAUCGAUUACUGCGAGGUGAUGACGAGAGCUAAUAAGCGGCGGCCCAGCGGUUAUGGUAAGAUGGUGGCCACGGCGAUGUCGAGGUUGCCGUUCUCUGUGGCGGAUUUUGGCUGGGGAAAGCCGAUCUCCUGCCAGCUGGUGGAGCCUCCGUCGGAUGAUAAUAUGGUGCUCUUUGAUCAUCCGACGGAGAAAGGGAGCUUGAUUUUGUUUAUCGCCUUGCCGGGUCAGGCGAUGGUGAGAUUCGAGCGGCUGGUUGAGGAGCAACUUUGUCAUCCUCUAAAUGUCACGUGCGGAAUCCGUGGGUUGGCGCCGUGUCGUCUUUAACUUAACAGUUGGUGGGAAUGGGUCAGGAUUUGGCGAUGGAGAUAUAUAUGAACGAUUCGUUUGGAAGUUGCGAUAGUUUUGUUGGGAUUGUCAUUAUGCGUGUAUUGUUUAUAAUGUAUCAUGUUUUUGUUUUUUUUAGUAGGAACAAUACAUGGAUUGUUUCUGUGAUGUGACAGAAACUAUCACUCAUUUUGAGUGAUUGUUAUAUCUCAACUUUUAGUUGUGAUUGUUGAGAUAGUUGAGUUGAGAUUGUUUUGUCUCAGCUUUUAGCUGAUGCGACAUACACAAUCACACAUACCAAACGUUGUAUUCUACAAUGCAUCAAAUUCGACAAUACAUGUAUAAUAUUAUA